AUGCACCUCCCAUCCCGCACAGCUUGGUCCCUCCUGCUCUCUUUGAUCAGUCUUGGGACCGUUGCUGACGCUGCGGAUUCUGGCAUCAUCGAGGUCGACCUUCUUUUCCCGCGCAACGAGACAUAUGCGCCCACCGAUCCUCUUAUCGAAUACCGGGGAUGGAACACGUCCGACUUUGGACAAAACGGCUUUUCCUACACCCAUGACAACAUAAAAUGGGUAAACUGGUCUAGCCAGGACCCCUACUUUGUUCACAACUUCCGCAACGACCUCCGGAGCGAGGGAACCUGGCGUCUCGACUGGAAAGUCUUCUAUGUCAGCUGCAACGAGCGUUGGAAGAACCUCCAGAGUGUUGGCGAUCCCGUUCUUGUCAACAUGACAUCUCGAAGCAUUACAUUCACCAUCAAAGAGGGCGGCCAGGCGGUAGAUCUCGUUGCUGCCACGGCCAACGACAAAACUUGUUCCGACGAGAGCAUAGCUGCGAUCAAAAUCACCGGCAAAACUCAGUCCGUUCCCCAUAGGGAGGAGCUGCCAGAUAAUACUUGCGCAGUGGUGGGAUCCCCCGAACCAAGCGCCUCCCCUUGCCAGGUCAAGGUGGACUCGGCCGUUGCCGCCAGCAUGACGGCGUCCUUAAGGGCCAAUUGUGCGACCCCUUACGCACCCUAA